AUGAGCGUGGGGAGAAUCAACCGCUACAGCAUCGUGUCAUCCGAGGAAGAGGGCCUCCGCCUGACGACCAUGCAUGGCAUGAACGGUUUUGGCAAUGGCAAGAUCCACACGCGCCGCAAGUGCCGCAGCCGCUUCGUCAAAAAGAACGGCCAGUGCAACGUGCAGUUUGCCAACAUGGAUGACAAGUCCCAGCGCUACAUGGCUGACAUAUUCACCACCUGUGUGGAUAUCCGCUGGCGGUGGAUGCUGGUGGUCUUCACCCUGGUGUUCGUGGUUUCUUGGCUAGCUUUCGGUUUGGCCUUCUGGGUCAUCGCCUUGCUACACGGGGAUUUGGAUAACCCAGCGGGUGAUGACAACUUCACUCCAUGCGUCCUGCAAGUCAACGGAUUUGUGGCUGCCUUCCUAUUCUCCAUUGAAACGCAGUCCACUAUUGGCUACGGCUACCGUUGUGUCACUGAGGAGUGCCCAGUCGCGGUUUUCAUGGUGGUUUUCCAGUCUAUCGUGGGUUGCAUCAUUGACUGCUUCAUGAUCGGCGCCAUCAUGGCCAAGAUGGCGAGGCCUAAGAAACGAGCGCAAACGCUGCUGUUUAGCCACAAUGCUGUCAUUGCUAUGCGGGACGGGAAACUAUGUCUCAUGUGGCGGGUGGGAAACCUUCGCAAGAGCCAUAUUGUCGAGGCCCACGUCAGGGCGCAGCUCAUUAAGCCUCGGAUCACCGACGAAGGGGAGUAUAUUCCUCUGGACCAAAUAGACAUCAACGUGGGUUUUGACAAAGGUCUGGACAGGAUUUUCUUGGUUUCGCCUAUAACGAUUCUCCAUGAAAUAGACGAGGAGAGCCCCCUUUUUGGGAUAGGCAAGCAGGACCUGGAGUCCUCUGAUUUUGAGAUCGUGGUCAUCUUGGAAGGCAUGGUGGAAGCAACAGCCAUGACCACCCAGGCUCGCAGUUCGUACUUAUCCUCUGAGAUCCUUUGGGGGCACAGGUUCGAGCCUGUCCUGUUUGAGGAGAAGAACCUCUACAAGGUGGAUUACGCCCACUUUCACAAAACCUACGAGGUGCCGUCCACCCCCCGCUGCAGUGCCAAGGACAUGUUGGAGAACAAGUUCCUGGUUCCCACUUCUAACUCCUUCUGCUACGAAAACGAGCUGGCUUUCCUCAACCGCGACGAAGAGGAGGACGACGGAGGCGGAGGGAGUCGAGCGCUGGCAAACCUCAGUCCUGACCGGAAUAGUCGACAUGAGUUUGAACGCUUGCAGGCCACCAGAACUCUGGAUCAAAGGUCUUAUCGGAGAGAGUCGGAAAUAUGA